UCAUUUCCUCCUAUAUAACCACCCAUUUUCCCCCUCCUCCUCCUCCAUCCGCAAUCGCAAGCAUGGAGGCGAAAUGCACCAAACCACCCUCCUCCGCCAUGAGAAUCAGACGAACCACCAGCACCAACGGAAGUGGAGCCGGAAACGGAACCAUCAUUCUCGGCAAGUACCAACUUGGCCGUCUUUUAGGCCGUGGUAGCUUUGCUAAAGUCUACCACGGCCUUUGUUUAGACGAUAACACAAAUAUCGCCAUCAAAGUAAUCGAUAAAAAAUCAAUCAUUGGCACCGAUGUCUCAAUGGAGCCCCGAAUCAUACGUGAAAUCUCCGCCAUGUCCCGUCUUAAUCAUCCCAACAUAAUAAAACUCAAUGAAGUAAUGGCUACGAAAUCCAAAAUCUACCUUGUCAUGGAGAUCGCCUCUGGAGGCGAUCUCCAUGCUAAGCUUAUCCGUCAUGGGCGGUUCUCUGAUUCCACUGCUCGUUUCUACUUCCAUCAAUUAGUCUCCGCUCUCCAUUACUGCCAUCAAAAUGGCGUUACUCACCGCGACAUCAAACCUCAAAACAUUCUUCUUGAUCAAAAUAACAACCUCAAAAUCUCCGAUUUCGGGCUCUCCGCCUUGCCUGAACAGCUGAAAAACGAUCUCCUUCAUACAGCUUGCGGUACACCAGGUUAUACAGCUCCAGAGGUAGCAUACAGAAAGGGAUACAAUGGCGAAAAGGCGGAUUCAUGGUCUUGUGGGGUAAUUCUAUUUGCAUUUCUAUCUGGAUAUCUUCCAUUUGAUUCUGGCAAUUUAUCAAACAUGUACCGUGCAAUACAUCGUCGCGAUUUUCGAUUCCCUAAUUGGGUUUCAAAAUCAGCUCGGAGUGUAAUUAACAAGUUACUCGAUCCAAAUCCGAGUACUAGAUUAAGUAUUGAGCAACUAAUGAAGCUUUCAUGGUUUAAGAAAUCGAAUCAACAACAAAAAUCAAGCGAUUGUGUUUUCGAAAAGAAUCGUACAAAUUUGGGCGGGAUAAAUGCAUUUGACAUAAUAUCAAUGUCAUCAGGGUUGAAUUUAUCGAGGUUAUUCGAGAGUGAUUUGAGCAAGAGAGAGAUGAAGUUUACGACGAAUGCUCGAAUCGAGGAGAUUGAAGAGAAGGUGAUGAAAAUUGGAGAAGAAGGAGGGUAUAAAGUUGAAAGAGGGAAGGGAAGGGGAAUUGAGUUGGUUAAAGGGAGAGUUGUUUUUAUGGUGGAAAUUUUGGAGGUGGCAAUGGAGUUGUUGUUAGUUGAAGUUAAGGUUGUUAAUAAUGGAGGAUUGGAAUUUGAUGAUUCUCAAUGGGAGGAAUUGAAAUUUGGGAUGAAUGAUAUUUGUAGUUUCAUGGUACAAUGA